GCUUCAUUCUUUGCACUUCUUUUACUUUCUCUGCAUAAACAUAUUCUGAUUUCAUCAACAAGAAAAGAAAAUGACCGCGUUUUCUGCAAACAAAGCUACAAACUUUUCUCUGAUUUUUGCCGUCCUCUUUGUCUCCUUGACUGUCUUCCAUGUUUCCUGCUUUCAGCUUCAAGUAGGAGGUGACAGCGGAUGGGUUAAGCCUGAUGGAAGCGAGUUUGAGACUUACAAUGAGUGGGCUGAGCAACACAGGUUUCACAUUGGAGAUACUAUCAAUUUCAAGUAUAAAAAAGACUCAGUGCUCCUGGUUGAAAGAGCUGACUAUGAGAACUGUGAUGUGAGCAACCCAAUCUUGAAAUUUGAUGAUGGGGAUACUGUCUUUGAGUUUGAUCGUUCGGGUUUUGUAUACUUUAUCAGUGGUGAACCAGAUCACUGUCUAGCAGGUCAGAAGAUGAUCAUCCGUGUCAUGGUGCAAGCUGCUGCUCAUCAGCCCACUGCCGCUGCCCCUGCCCCUGCACCCUCGGCUGAGGGACCAACUGUGGGUCGUGAUGGCGGAGAUGGGUUCAUUACUGAUUCAUGGGGUCCUACCCCUACCAAUGCCAGUGACAUUCUGUCUGUCACGUCUUAUUUUAUGACGCUGUUCAUGGGUGUCGUGAUCGUGCUUUAUCUGUUCAUGGAUUAAGGAAGUUCUUUGAAGUUAGGAAUGUUUUUUUUUUUUAUUUUUUUAUUUAUUGCUUUAGAGUUUAGACCUUUAGGGCAGAGUUCUAUUAAUCUAUUUUAGUUGAUUCAUGUUGUUCUCCUCUGCUGUUUGAGGAAUAUUUGUUUUAAUUUAGUACUAUUGGACUUUGAUUAUGAUUUUAGUAUUAAUAUGAAUUAGUGAAGUUAUUUUACUGCAUGUCUGCAUCCUUUUUCUGCAACUUCAGCUGUUCUAUACUUCUGCUUACUUUUCCUGCAACAAGUGAUGGUUUUUAUGAUGGACAAAAUUAAGCCACAGAAUCCA